CAAUUCUGUGUCCCUCGAGUAACAAUUCUGUGUCCCUCAGUAACAAUUCUGUGUCUGUCCCUGAGUAACAAUUCUGUGUCCCUGAGUAACAAUUCUGUGUCCCUAAGUAACAAUUCUGUGUCCCUGAGUAACAAUUCUGUGUCCCUGAGUAACAAUUCUGUGUCCCUGAGUAACAAUUCUGUGUCCCUCAGUAACAAUUCUGUGUCCCUCAGUAACAAUUCUGUGUCCCUCAGUAACAAUUCUGUGUCCCUGAGUAACAAUUCUGUGUCCCUGAGUAACAAUUCUGUGUCCCUGAGUAACAUUCUGUGUCCCUGAGUAACAAUUC